AUGUUAUCAGUAAUCCCUUUGAUAUGCACGAUAGUGCUAGCAAAGAACAUGGCAAAGGCAACGGACUGCAACCCACCGAUAGACGGCUGUAGCACGUGCACCGGCACGGGUGACGGACAGACCUGCACGGGCUGUACGGCGGGCGACCAGAAGGUCCAGCCGAACGGAAAGGGCUGCAUAGCGGGAUGUCCCCCCAACUCGGACGACGUAGGAGGGAUCUGCACUUGCAAGAGCACGCACAAGCCGUCAGACAAUGGGCAGACGUGUGUCCCGAAAACGGACUGCAACCCACCGAUAGACGGCUGUAGCACGUGCACCGGCACGGGUGACGGACAGACCUGCACGGGCUGUACGGCGGGCGACCAGAAGGUCCAGCCGAACGGAAAGGGCUGCAUAGCGGGAUGUCCCCCCAACUCGGACGACGUAGGAGGGAUCUGCACUUGCAAGAGCACGCACAAGCCGUCAGACAAUGGGCAGACGUGUGUCCCGAAAACGGACUGCAACCCACCGAUAGACGGCUGUAGCACGUGCACCGGCACGGGUGACGGACAGACCUGCACGGGCUGUACGGCGGGCGACCAGAAGGUCCAGCCGAACGGAAAGGGCUGCAUAGCGGGAUGUCCCCCCAACUCGGACGACGUAGGAGGGAUCUGCACUUGCAAGAGCACGCACAAGCCGUCAGACAAUGGGCAGACGUGUGUCCCGAAAACGGACUGCAACCCACCGAUAGACGGCUGUAGCACGUGCACCGGCACGGGUGACGGACAGACCUGCACGGGCUGUACGGCGGGCGACCAGAAGGUCCAGCCGAACGGAAAGGGCUGCAUAGCGGGAUGUCCCCCCAACUCGGACGACGUAGGAGGGAUCUGCACUUGCAAGAGCACGCACAAGCCGUCAGACAAUGGGCAGACGUGUGUCCCGAAAACGGACUGCAACCCACCGAUAGACGGCUGUAGCACGUGCACCGGCACGGGUGACGGACAGACCUGCACGGGCUGUACGGCGGGCGACCAGAAGGUCCAGCCGAACGGAAAGGGCUGCAUAGCGGGAUGUCCCCCCAACUCGGACGACGUAGGAGGGAUCUGCACUUGCAAGAGCACGCACAAGCCGUCAGACAAUGGGCAGACGUGUGUCCCGAAAACGGACUGCAACCCACCGAUAGACGGCUGUAGCACGUGCACCGGCACGGGUGACGGACAGACCUGCACGGGCUGUACGGCGGGCGACCAGAAGGUCCAGCCGAACGGAAAGGGCUGCAUAGCGGGAUGUCCCCCCAACUCGGACGACGUAGGAGGGAUCUGCACUUGCAAGAGCACGCACAAGCCGUCAGACAAUGGGCAGACGUGUGUCCCGAAAACGGACUGCAACCCACCGAUAGACGGCUGUAGCACGUGCACCGGCACGGGUGACGGACAGACCUGCACGGGCUGUACGGCGGGCGACCAGAAGGUCCAGCCGAACGGAAAGGGCUGCAUAGCGGGAUGUCCCCCCAACUCGGACGACGUAGGAGGGAUCUGCACUUGCAAGAGCACGCACAAGCCGUCAGACAAUGGGCAGACGUGUGUCCCGAAAACGGACUGCAACCCACCGAUAGACGGCUGUAGCACGUGCACCGGCACGGGUGACGGACAGACCUGCACGGGCUGUACGGCGGGCGACCAGAAGGUCCAGCCGAACGGAAAGGGCUGCAUAGCGGGAUGUCCCCCCAACUCGGACGACGUAGGAGGGAUCUGCACUUGCAAGAGCACGCACAAGCCGUCAGACAAUGGGCAGACGUGUGUCCCGAAAACGGACUGCAACCCACCGAUAGACGGCUGUAGCACGUGCACCGGCACGGGUGACGGACAGACCUGCACGGGCUGUACGGCGGGCGACCAGAAGGUCCAGCCGAACGGAAAGGGCUGCAUAGCGGGAUGUCCCCCCAACUCGGACGACGUAGGAGGGAUCUGCACUUGCAAGAGCACGCACAAGCCGUCAGACAAUGGGCAGACGUGUGUCCCGAAAACGGACUGCAACCCACCGAUAGACGGCUGUAGCACGUGCACCGGCACGGGUGACGGACAGACCUGCACGGGCUGUACGGCGGGCGACCAGAAGGUCCAGCCGAACGGAAAGGGCUGCAUAGCGGGAUGUCCCCCCAACUCGGACGACGUAGGAGGGAUCUGCACUUGCAAGAGCACGCACAAGCCGUCAGACAAUGGGCAGACGUGUGUCCCGAAAACGGACUGCAACCCACCGAUAGACGGCUGUAGCACGUGCACCGGCACGGGUGACGGACAGACCUGCACGGGCUGUACGGCGGGCGACCAGAAGGUCCAGCCGAACGGAAAGGGCUGCAUAGCGGGAUGUCCCCCCAACUCGGACGACGUAGGAGGGAUCUGCACUUGCAAGAGCACGCACAAGCCGUCAGACAAUGGGCAGACGUGUGUCCCGAAAACGGACUGCAACCCACCGAUAGACGGCUGUAGCACGUGCACCGGCACGGGUGACGGACAGACCUGCACGGGCUGUACGGCGGGCGACCAGAAGGUCCAGCCGAACGGAAAGGGCUGCAUAGCGGGAUGUCCCCCCAACUCGGACGACGUAGGAGGGAUCUGCACUUGCAAGAGCACGCACAAGCCGUCAGACAAUGGGCAGACGUGUGUCCCGAAAACGGACUGCAACCCACCGAUAGACGGCUGUAGCACGUGCACCGGCACGGGUGACGGACAGACCUGCACGGGCUGUACGGCGGGCGACCAGAAGGUCCAGCCGAACGGAAAGGGCUGCAUAGCGGGAUGUCCCCCCAACUCGGACGACGUAGGAGGGAUCUGCACUUGCAAGAGCACGCACAAGCCGUCAGACAAUGGGCAGACGUGUGUCCCGAAAACGGACUGCAACCCACCGAUAGACGGCUGUAGCACGUGCACCGGCACGGGUGACGGACAGACCUGCACGGGCUGUACGGCGGGCGACCAGAAGGUCCAGCCGAACGGAAAGGGCUGCAUAGCGGGAUGUCCCCCCAACUCGGACGACGUAGGAGGGAUCUGCACUUGCAAGAGCACGCACAAGCCGUCAGACAAUGGGCAGACGUGUGUCCCGAAAACGGACUGCAACCCACCGAUAGACGGCUGUAGCACGUGCACCGGCACGGGUGACGGACAGACCUGCACGGGCUGUACGGCGGGCGACCAGAAGGUCCAGCCGAACGGAAAGGGCUGCAUAGCGGGAUGUCCCCCCAACUCGGACGACGUAGGAGGGAUCUGCACUUGCAAGAGCACGCACAAGCCGUCAGACAAUGGGCAGACGUGUGUCCCGAAAACGGACUGCAACCCACCGAUAGACGGCUGUAGCACGUGCACCGGCACGGGUGACGGACAGACCUGCACGGGCUGUACGGCGGGCGACCAGAAGGUCCAGCCGAACGGAAAGGGCUGCAUAGCGGGAUGUCCCCCCAACUCGGACGACGUAGGAGGGAUCUGCACUUGCAAGAGCACGCACAAGCCGUCAGACAAUGGGCAGACGUGUGUCCCGAAAACGGACUGCAACCCACCGAUAGACGGCUGUAGCACGUGCACCGGCACGGGUGACGGACAGACCUGCACGGGCUGUACGGCGGGCGACCAGAAGGUCCAGCCGAACGGAAAGGGCUGCAUAGCGGGAUGUCCCCCCAACUCGGACGACGUAGGAGGGAUCUGCACUUGCAAGAGCACGCACAAGCCGUCAGACAAUGGGCAGACGUGUGUCCCGAAAACGGACUGCAACCCACCGAUAGACGGCUGUAGCACGUGCACCGGCACGGGUGACGGACAGACCUGCACGGGCUGUACGGCGGGCGACCAGAAGGUCCAGCCGAACGGAAAGGGCUGCAUAGCGGGAUGUCCCCCCAACUCGGACGACGUAGGAGGGAUCUGCACUUGCAAGAGCACGCACAAGCCGUCAGACAAUGGGCAGACGUGUGUCCCGAAAACGGACUGCAACCCACCGAUAGACGGCUGUAGCACGUGCACCGGCACGGGUGACGGACAGACCUGCACGGGCUGUACGGCGGGCGACCAGAAGGUCCAGCCGAACGGAAAGGGCUGCAUAGCGGGAUGUCCCCCCAACUCGGACGACGUAGGAGGGAUCUGCACUUGCAAGAGCACGCACAAGCCGUCAGACAAUGGGCAGACGUGUGUCCCGAAAACGGACUGCAACCCACCGAUAGACGGCUGUAGCACGUGCACCGGCACGGGUGACGGACAGACCUGCACGGGCUGUACGGCGGGCGACCAGAAGGUCCAGCCGAACGGAAAGGGCUGCAUAGCGGGAUGUCCCCCCAACUCGGACGACGUAGGAGGGAUCUGCACUUGCAAGAGCACGCACAAGCCGUCAGACAAUGGGCAGACGUGUGUCCCGAAAACGGACUGCAACCCACCGAUAGACGGCUGUAGCACGUGCACCGGCACGGGUGACGGACAGACCUGCACGGGCUGUACGGCGGGCGACCAGAAGGUCCAGCCGAACGGAAAGGGCUGCAUAGCGGGAUGUCCCCCCAACUCGGACGACGUAGGAGGGAUCUGCACUUGCAAGAGCACGCACAAGCCGUCAGACAAUGGGCAGACGUGUGUCCCGAAAACGGACUGCAACCCACCGAUAGACGGCUGUAGCACGUGCACCGGCACGGGUGACGGACAGACCUGCACGGGCUGUACGGCGGGCGACCAGAAGGUCCAGCCGAACGGAAAGGGCUGCAUAGCGGGAUGUCCCCCCAACUCGGACGACGUAGGAGGGAUCUGCACUUGCAAGAGCACGCACAAGCCGUCAGACAAUGGGCAGACGUGUGUCCCGAAAACGGACUGCAACCCACCGAUAGACGGCUGUAGCACGUGCACCGGCACGGGUGACGGACAGACCUGCACGGGCUGUACGGCGGGCGACCAGAAGGUCCAGCCGAACGGAAAGGGCUGCAUAGCGGGAUGUCCCCCCAACUCGGACGACGUAGGAGGGAUCUGCACUUGCAAGAGCACGCACAAGCCGUCAGACAAUGGGCAGACGUGUGUCCCGAAAACGGACUGCAACCCACCGAUAGACGGCUGUAGCACGUGCACCGGCACGGGUGACGGACAGACCUGCACGGGCUGUACGGCGGGCGACCAGAAGGUCCAGCCGAACGGAAAGGGCUGCAUAGCGGGAUGUCCCCCCAACUCGGACGACGUAGGAGGGAUCUGCACUUGCAAGAGCACGCACAAGCCGUCAGACAAUGGGCAGACGUGUGUCCCGAAAACGGACUGCAACCCACCGAUAGACGGCUGUAGCACGUGCACCGGCACGGGUGACGGACAGACCUGCACGGGCUGUACGGCGGGCGACCAGAAGGUCCAGCCGAACGGAAAGGGCUGCAUAGCGGGAUGUCCCCCCAACUCGGACGACGUAGGAGGGAUCUGCACUUGCAAGAGCACGCACAAGCCGUCAGACAAUGGGCAGACGUGUGUCCCGAAAACGGACUGCAACCCACCGAUAGACGGCUGUAGCACGUGCACCGGCACGGGUGACGGACAGACCUGCACGGGCUGUACGGCGGGCGACCAGAAGGUCCAGCCGAACGGAAAGGGCUGCAUAGCGGGAUGUCCCCCCAACUCGGACGACGUAGGAGGGAUCUGCACUUGCAAGAGCACGCACAAGCCGUCAGACAAUGGGCAGACGUGUGUCCCGAAAACGGACUGCAACCCACCGAUAGACGGCUGUAGCACGUGCACCGGCACGGGUGACGGACAGACCUGCACGGGCUGUACGGCGGGCGACCAGAAGGUCCAGCCGAACGGAAAGGGCUGCAUAGCGGGAUGUCCCCCCAACUCGGACGACGUAGGAGGGAUCUGCACUUGCAAGAGCACGCACAAGCCGUCAGACAAUGGGCAGACGUGUGUCCCGAAAACGGACUGCAACCCACCGAUAGACGGCUGUAGCACGUGCACCGGCACGGGUGACGGACAGACCUGCACGGGCUGUACGGCGGGCGACCAGAAGGUCCAGCCGAACGGAAAGGGCUGCAUAGCGGGAUGUCCCCCCAACUCGGACGACGUAGGAGGGAUCUGCACUUGCAAGAGCACGCACAAGCCGUCAGACAAUGGGCAGACGUGUGUCCCGAAAACGGACUGCAACCCACCGAUAGACGGCUGUAGCACGUGCACCGGCACGGGUGACGGACAGACCUGCACGGGCUGUACGGCGGGCGACCAGAAGGUCCAGCCGAACGGAAAGGGCUGCAUAGCGGGAUGUCCCCCCAACUCGGACGACGUAGGAGGGAUCUGCACUUGCAAGAGCACGCACAAGCCGUCAGACAAUGGGCAGACGUGUGUCCCGAAAACGGACUGCAACCCACCGAUAGACGGCUGUAGCACGUGCACCGGCACGGGUGACGGACAGACCUGCACGGGCUGUACGGCGGGCGACCAGAAGGUCCAGCCGAACGGAAAGGGCUGCAUAGCGGGAUGUCCCCCCAACUCGGACGACGUAGGAGGGAUCUGCACUUGCAAGAGCACGCACAAGCCGUCAGACAAUGGGCAGACGUGUGUCCCGAAAACGGACUGCAACCCACCGAUAGACGGCUGUAGCACGUGCACCGGCACGGGUGACGGACAGACCUGCACGGGCUGUACGGCGGGCGACCAGAAGGUCCAGCCGAACGGAAAGGGCUGCAUAGCGGGAUGUCCCCCCAACUCGGACGACGUAGGAGGGAUCUGCACUUGCAAGAGCACGCACAAGCCGUCAGACAAUGGGCAGACGUGUGUCCCUUCUAAUACCAACAAGAGUAGCGGCCUUUCUACCGGCGCCAUCGCGGGCAUCGCCGUGGCCGCUGUCAUCGUCGUCGGGGGGCUCGUCGGCUUCCUCUGCUGGUGGUUCCUCUGCCGGGGCAAGGCGUAG